GUCAAACGGCUGUCAAGUUCGGUUUCAUUCUUUUUCUCUCGCGAGUUGAAAAUCGUGUGUGCAUCUCGCCAUCAUGUCCACGAUAAAUUUGCCUCUGAAUUUGACCGUGCGCGUCCAUCCGGUCGUUCUGUUCCAGAUUGUGGACGCCUACGAACGCCGUAAUGCCGAUUCGGAGCGGGUUAUCGGAACCCUCCUGGGUUCUGUGGACAAGGGAGUGGUUGAAGUGACCAACUGUUUCUGCGUUCCCCAUAAGGAACAUGCCGAUCAGGUCGAAGCCGAACUCGGAUAUGCAUCUGAUUUGUACGAUUUGAACCGGCGCGUCAAUCCUUCGGAGAACAUCGUCGGUUGGUGGGCCACCGGUCAGGAGGUUACUAAUCACAGCUCGGUUAUUCACGAGUACUACGCCCGCGAGUGCAACAAUCCGAUCCACUUGACUUUGGAUACUUCGCUGACGGCGGCUCGUAUGGGUAUCAAGGCUUACGUUUGCGUUUCGUUGGGCGUUCCCGGUGGCAAGACGGGCUGCAUGUUUACGCCGAUCAAUGUGGAGAUUUCCAGCUACGAGCCGGAGGUGGUCGGAUUGCAGCUGUGCUCGAAAACCAUCGGUGUCCAGCAGAAUCCCUCGCGGCCACGGACCGUGUCGCCGAUGUUGGACCUGGCCCAAAUCACUGAGGCUUCCGGAAAGUUGCAGAACUUGUUGGGAGAGGUGCUGAACUACGUUGAAGAUGUUCUAGCGGAGAAGCAGCAGCCGGACAAUUCCGUUGGACGGGCCUUGUUGGAUCUAAUCCAUUCGGUGCCGAACAUGACCUCGGACCAGUUCGCCCAGAUGUUCAACUCGAACGUGAAGGACUUGUUGAUGGUUGUAACCCUUUCGCAGCUGAUUAAGACGCAAUUGCAAUUGAAUGAGAAAUUGACCAGUUUGACGUCGUUCAUCAAUUGAAGAAUUAGUGGAGAAUCGUAUAUGUUACUACAGAAGCAUUCGAUAAGACGAUAAGGUGAGUGUUGGAACUAAUUAAUUGAUCGAGCAAGUGCCGAAGAAAGAAGAAACGCUAAAGGUUCUGAUUAUUCGAUAAUUUGGUUGUACUCGAAGAUAUUGCUGCAGUGUUCAUUUUGUGGGCGAGUGUAAAAACGAAUACAAUAGAGGCAACCGCAGAAAAUA